AUGGAUCCCGGGUGGCAACCCUACCAGGAUCCCCUGAUGGGUCGUCCGGCGCAGUUCAAUACGGCGCUGGCGUCUCAUCCCCCCCAGGCGCUAGCCUCGAAGCACAGUCAGCCGCAGUCACAGCCGCCCGUCGGGUACACCUACGAGACCUUCCAAACUCCCAGCAACACCUCCAAGGCACCCUCUGCCCACUCCAGCUCUAAGCCCGUCUCCAUGGCGUCGUCACCCACGGCCACGCCACGUAGUCGGGAUUAUGUCACCGAUACCGACACCACUAUGGAGGACGCGGAUCCCUACAACCGGGCCAAGUACCCCUCGAGGCCGAAUCAUCACAAUCGUGCCUCUUCUCAAUUCCUUGCCCAAACCGAGGAGUCGUCGGCUGCUCGCAGAUAUUCUCCGAUGAAUGUGCUGUCGCCGCCGAUGUCAUUCCCUGCCAGCCCCGGCAAGUCCCAGGCCUCCUCCUAUGGCUUCCCGCCAACCGCCCCAGGUCAGACACGUCGCUCCCCCGCCAGAACAGCCGACUACUCGUCUCCUCCCCAGGGAUAUCAAUCGCCACCAUUAGCUAACAAGGUCUCUUUUUUUCCUUCUCCUUCAACAGCUUCUUCCAACCGUGCCUCCCGUCUUCCUCCCCUUCAAGCCGCCGACCGCAGCCCAGAUCAAUAUUAUCCGCCCUCGGCCUCCUCCCAUAUGAGUCCGUUGUUUGGCCAGGACUCGCGAUCGCCUCGAUCGGGCUCCUUGCCGUCACAAGUCCCUGGUCGGGGCCCAGUGCCUAAGUUCUCUAAGAUUAAAUCGGUGCAGGAGCUUCAGCCGCGGGUGCACACGCAGCCCGCGUAUCGUCGUGCCAACCCCGAAGGGGGCUUCAUCAGUCCGCUUCAAGCACUAACGACCCAUCUCCCCGCGACCUAUCGUAUCUGCAACCCGAACUUCAACUAUGAAUCCUCGAGGAACCCGCGACGCGUCCUGACCAAGCCCAGCAAGGGUGUGAAGAAUGACGGCUAUGACAACGAAGAUAGUGACUAUAUCCUUUAUGUGAACGAUAUCUUGGGCAGUGAAGAGGCUGGUCACAAAAACCGAUACCUCAUCCUGGACGUUCUGGGCCAGGGUACAUUCGGCCAGGUGGUAAAAUGCCAGAACUUGAAGACCCAAGAGGUUGUGGCCGUCAAAGUCAUCAAGAACAAAACGGCAUAUUUCAACCAGAGCAUGAUGGAAGUCUCUGUACUGGAUUUGCUUAAUAGCAAAUAUGACAAGAACGACGACCACCACCUGCUCCGUUUGAAGGACACCUUCAUCCACCGCCAGCAUCUCUGUCUCGCAUUUGAACUCCUCAGCGUCAACCUCUACGAACUCAUCAAGCAAAACCAGUUCCGUGGCUUAAGCACUACUCUCGUACGAGUCUUUGCGCAACAGUUAUUGAAUGCGUUGAGUCUGUUGAAUAAGGCUCAUCUGAUUCACUGCGAUUUGAAACCCGAGAAUAUUCUUUUGAAGAAUCUCGAAAGUCCUAUUAUCAAGGUUAUUGAUUUCGGUUCUGCGUGCGACGAGCGCCAGACAGUGUAUACUUAUAUUCAAUCCCGCUUCUACCGCUCGCCAGAAGUUCUUCUUGGCUUACCUUACUCAUCUGCCAUCGACAUGUGGUCUCUUGGCUGCAUUGUUGUUGAACUUUUCCUCGGUUUGCCUCUAUUCCCUGGAUCUUCUGAAUAUAAUCAGGUUACUCGGAUUGUUGAAAUGCUCGGUCUCCCUCAAACCUGGAUGCUGGAGAUGGGCAAGCAAUCCGGAGAGUUUUUCGAGAAGACCCAGGAUGAAUACGGCCGGAAGACCUAUCGUCUUAAGAGUCUCGAACAAUACUCGCGGGAGCACAACACUAAAGAGCAGCCCAGCAAGAAAUAUUUCUCCGCAUCGACAUUGGAAGACAUUAUUCGAAGCUACCCCAUGCCAAGGAAGCAUAUGAAACAAGCGGAGGUUGAGCGAGAACUAAACAACCGAGUUGCAUUCAUUGACUUCGUCCGCGGCUUGUUGACAAUCAACCCUCUCGAGCGAUGGUCGCCCCAGCAAGCCAAGUUGCAUCCGUUCAUCACCCAGCAGAAGUUUACUGGCCCCUUCGUUCCUCCUAUGAACUUGAAGUACUCGUCUCUCAAUAAAACUGUCGCCCCCGGUGUCCAGCAGCAGCAGCAGGCUGAGGCUGCAAGCAAGCAGAGAGCGGCCCAGGCGGCGCACGCGCAGUCCGCCUACAACAUGCAGAUGAACCAGUAUCACACUCCCCCAGCUCAUACUGCCCAGGCUCCACCCAUUUAUAAUGGAAUGUACCAGCAGGGUGGGGCUCCGCCUCCCUAUCCAACACAACCACCAGGGUACGGUCAUCAGAUGGGCAUGAUCCCUACCGGCCAGAUGCCGCAAUCACAGUAUGCACCAUCGCAAAGCCUUUAUGCUCAAGCCACAACCCGCGCGGGCCGACAGCGAGCCUCAACCAUGGACCCUCAAGGAGGUGGUAUUCCACCGACAAUUCAGCGCGUGGCGAGCCACCUGGACCCCAACGCCCCAAUUCGGUUGCAACCUAGCCCGGCAUACUACCCUCCGCCGCCUGAUGGCUAUGUCGACCCCGCGAAUGCCAAUCAACGGCGGCGUGGCAGCCGUGCUGCUGCCUCUGGGGGCAACCAGCGCAACCGGGACUUCAUCCGCACUCUCGAAGACGGCGUCUUGGGUGAUGGCUACAUGGGCCAGAACCAAUGGCACUAG